UUUUGAAGUACUGGCUGUAUCUUUCUGAAGAUUGCGAGUAGUUUGGAAGGGUGAGACGAGGACUCAGGACAGAAGUAGAGGAGGGCAUUCAAAGUCUUUGCUUAGCAAUACCAUGUGGAUAGCGUCUUUCACCGCCGUAAGCUGCAAGCAUGCCUCUGACAGCGCGUCGCCCAGUGGCGAAAUUCGCGGUGGCUGAUAAGCUCAGAGGUAAAAGCAAUCGAAAGCCGCGGAAAUUCGACGGUAAAAAGUGGUUUGCGGAAGUGUGGAGACCCACCACGGAGAACAUUUACUAUGGCCCAACGACUUACCGUCAACCAAAGUCCAAGAGCAGUGAGCCUCGUUCAGUCAAACCUAGGGGUUCAGCCAUCAAUUCCAGUCAUAACAAAUUCAGUAGGCCCUCUACAUAUCAUCCCUAUAGCCGAUUCUCCAGUAGUGUUCCCACGGCCACGUCCAAAAGUGCCUACACCACCACAUCUAACCGUGGCUCGUCUAGUAACCGUGUCCACACCACAUCGUCUAGUCGUGGCAACACUUCCACGUCCAGCCGUACCAAUACCGCAGCUUCUAAUAACCGUAUCCCCACGGCCACAUCUAACCGCCCCACUACUGAUCCCUCCAGCCGUCCUUCAGCCCGUACUUCUAGCCGUCUCUCCGCCCAUGCCACCAGACAUACAUCAAGUCGUGGCCAAAGCAGUCGCUCUUCUUCUAGACAGGGUCACGACCUGCGGAAACGCAGGAAAGUCCCCUUUCCCAACCUAACAAAAUGCAACCUACUUCCCGCAAUACCGGAACUCGACGAGACGUGCGAAUUCAAUGAGGACUCUGAAGAUGGCAAUAACGAGGCUGGAGCCAAGCCAAGCACACCAGCACCACCACCAGCACCACCACCAGCACCACCGCCAUCACCUCCAACUUCCCUUCGGAACAGAGAGGAAAUACGGUGGGUACCCUACCCGCCAUAUUUGGUCAGACUUGACCAGCCAUGUAGAGAAGUACGGAAACUGUACAAAGAUUUAUGCGUUUCAGGCAACAUCGCCACUCUUCGAAAAGCUUACAAAAACCCAUCCUUGUUCGUUGGAGUAAGACCACCACCUCCACCUCCACCAUCACCCUCGCCAGAGGAGUUCUCGACUCCUGCUUCUAGCACUCGCAAAUUUGCACCUUCUCCAACUGGAACACCAACAACACCAGUAACUCGCCGAGGCUUGCUCAAACUACCUGGGGCACUGCUGCAGGAGGUGGUUGGCAAUGAUGAGAAGUUCCGUUCAGCUCUGUGUCACCAUCCCGGGGAAGAAAUCUUGACUUGGCAGCGUGACUCGCCGCAGCCUGACUGUACUAUCUACUUUGGCAAAGCAGAUUUAGGACCAGCUGAGAAAGACUUGGAACCCAGGACAAUUCCAGAAAAGCACUCACCAAGCCAGCGCAGCUCACCACGUUUCAGCCCUGGACGACCGCUAAGCAUUUCAACGGGUCUCCGCAGGCUUACACUGUCUCUACCCGGUGAAGAAAAAGAAGUGGAAAAACCAGUGCGCAGCUUCUCGUGGCCACGCUCUACCGCCAGCUCUCGUAACACUCAGGCUGGAAGAAGUGGAAGAGAAAGGGACCAUUUUACUAACAGGAAACACCAAGAAAGAGCUAGCUCACACCUACCUAGCCUUAGCAUCUCACAUGAGAUGACCACCACUCCGCCAGCAACAAGGCCUACGCCAGUGUUCGCAACCGAUCUCCGUAUGCCUAGUUCAAACCGACAGUGGGGUUUUCUUGCUCCGUUAAAGGUACCUACAUGGCCCUCACUGGACGAAGAGGAAGAUGAGUCGGUAGAAGACUGACCUAACAAGAAUGCAGUCCAUUAUCUUCAGCAUAAAUCUGUGCUUCAAGAAGAACACAUUCUUCAGCACUCAGCACUUUUCAGUACUUCAAGAAGAAAAUUGAAAAAACUUCCUAGAUAUCAAUGAUGCCUAAUAUUAUCCGACGUGAAUCUGCCCUUCACAUAUUAAUAUUAUAUUAUUUAUGAACGCGAACAUGAAUAUAAUAAAAAAACAUUAUACUAGUACGUAUUUUGGUAGGAAGCUAAACCUAUUCUUAUGAUAAUACACGAUUGAAACUUUUAAAGUAGUUCCACCUUCACCACAUGCGCUUUUUGGCCGACCUCAUUCACACCAGCAACAGGAAGUUGAAGAUAUUGACAAUUUAAAUAUCCCCCAUGCAGCUCUGUUUCGACCAUUAAGAUCUCAUCAGUGAAAGUUAAUUAAGAACACUGGAUGGCUAGAUGUACUCAAAGUCUUUACCAGCAGUCUAACGCUGCAGACGUGCUAUUAAAAAGUGCUAAAACACAGAGAAUAGGUGCAAAAUGACACUGC